CCCCAUACGGCUCCUGAUUUGGCAGGUCCGGGGCGCAGCCGGGAAUCUGUGUGCGCCCCAGAGCCCCGGCGGUUGGGGCACCGUGGCUUCCAGAACCUGGGCACCGGCCCGUGUCCCCGAGACCGGCCCCGCAGGACCCGGGCCCCAGUCUGGAAGAUCUCAGCGUUGCUGAAUCUCGGGUGGACAAGCCAGCCGCCGGGGCCAGGACCGUCCUGCGGAUGGCCGAGAGUCCUCUCGGGCCCGGAGCUUCCGACUCUGCCUUCAGGGUGGCUGCACAGGCCCCCAGGAGAGGAAGCGAAUAGUCGCCUUGAAAGAACAGCCCACUCGGCAAACUCAUCACCUUUAAAGUCUCCGUAUUGGAAUCUGGAGCAGGAAGUGAAGACAGACCCAAACCCAGCAAUCUGGUGAAAGAAUGUUGUGCAUCCUCCAUGGCCCAUCACCUCCAGACUUUGAAAGAUAAGCUGCCAAGAAUGUUUUGACCAUUUUAAUGAAAGAUUUCAUCACUAGGAGGUUUUUCGGGACAUUGCCAAACCACUCGUUUUUGUGGCUGCCUCCUGGUGACAAUGGCUGCGUGAGCAUCCGCCAUGGCCAACCGGAAGCGUCAGAGUACUGUGAGCAGCAUGCUGGACCACAGGGCAAGGCCGGGACCUGUGCCCCAGGGCCAAGAGCCGGAGAGUGAGGAUGUGGAGCUGCCCCUGGAGGAGUAUGUGCCCAAGGGCCUGGAGCUGGCUACCUUGCGGCCGGAGAGCCCCUUGCCUGCGGAGCAGGGGUGCCAUGACCACAGUCCUGAUGGGGACUCCAGCUCCGAUUAUGUGAACAACACCUCUGAGGAGGAGGAUUAUGAUGAGGGCCUCCCCGAGGAGGAGGAGGGUAUCACCUACUACAUCCGCUAUUGCCCCGAGGAUGACAGCUAUCUGGAGGGCAUGGACUGCAACGGGGAGGGGUACCUGGCUCAUGGCACGCGACACCUGGAGACGGAUGAGUGUCAGGAGGCGGUGGAGGAGUGGACGGACUCGGCAGGCCCACACCCACAUGGCCAUGGGGACGAAGGCAGCCCAGACUACCGGGACAGCCACCUCCCCAUCCCGGAGGAUGAGGCUUCUGUCCUGGAGACCCAGGACCAGGAAGAAGGUGUUCACUACUGUCCCAGUGAAGAGGGCUACCAGGAUUACUACCCCACAGAGGCCAAUGGGAACGCUGGCAGCACUUCCCCCUAUCGCCCGAGGCGUGGGGAUGGGGACCUGGAGGACCAGGAGGAGGACAUCGACCAGAUCGUGGCUGAGAUCAAGAUGAGUUUGAGUAUGACCAGCAUCACCAGUGCGGGCGAGGCCAGCCCUGAGCACGGGCUGGUGCGAGGGCCUGAGCCGGGGCCCGGGGACUCCACAGAGGCCUGCCUGCCUGGCGAGGCCAGCCAUGGCCCCAGCAGACAUGAGGGAAGGCCCAAGUCGCUAAACCUCCCUUCUGAGACAAAGCACCCUGGAGACCCCCAGAGAGGUUUCAAGACCAAGACCAGGACUCCAGAGGAGAGGCCAAAGUGGCCCCAAGAGGAGGUUUGCAAUGGUUUGGAACAGCCGAGGAAGCAGCAGCGCUCUGAUCUCAAUGGGCCCGUUGACAAUAACAACACUCCGGAGACAAAGAAGGUGGCAUCAUUUCCAAGUUUUGUGGCUGUUCCAGGGCCCUGUGAACCGGAAGACCUCAUCGAUGGAAUCAUCUUUGCUGCCAACUACCUGGGGUCCACCCAGCUGCUCUCAGAACGGAACCCUUCCAAAAACAUCAGAAUGAUGCAGGCACAGGAGGCCGUCAGCCGGGUCAAGAAUUCUGAGGGGGAUGCCCAGACUCUGACCGAAGUGGAUCUCUUCAUCUCCACUCAGAGGAUCAAGGUGUUAAAUGCGGACACACAGGAAACCAUGAUGGACCACGCCUUGCGCACCAUCUCCUACAUCGCGGACAUUGGGAACAUCGUGGUGCUGAUGGCCAGGCGCCGCAUGCCCCGGUCGGCCUCUCAGGACUGCAUCGAGACCACCCCUGGGGCCCAGGAGGGGAAGAAGCAGUAUAAGAUGAUCUGCCACGUGUUCGAGUCCGAGGACGCCCAGCUGAUCGCCCAGUCCAUUGGCCAGGCCUUCAGUGUGGCCUACCAGGAGUUCCUGCGGGCCAACGGCAUCAACCCCGAAGACCUGAGCCAGAAGGAAUACAGCGACAUCAUCAACACCCAGGAGAUGUACAAUGACGACCUCAUCCACUUCUCAAACUCGGAGAACUGCAAGGAGUUGCAGCUGGAGAAGCACAAGGGCGAGAUCCUGGGAGUGGUGGUGGUCGAGUCGGGCUGGGGCUCCAUCCUGCCCACGGUGAUCCUGGCGAACAUGAUGAAUGGCGGCCCGGCCGCCCGCUCAGGGAAGCUGAGCAUCGGGGACCAGAUCAUGUCCAUCAACGGCACCAGCCUGGUGGGGCUGCCCCUUGCCACCUGUCAGGGCAUCAUCAAGGGUCUCAAGAACCAGACGCAGGUGAAGCUCAACAUCGUCAGCUGUCCACCGGUCACCACUGUCCUCAUCAAGCGGCCUGACCUCAAGUACCAGCUGGGCUUCAGCGUGCAGAACGGAAUUAUUUGCAGCCUCAUGCGAGGGGGCAUCGCGGAGCGAGGUGGUGUCCGUGUCGGCCACCGUAUCAUCGAGAUCAAUGGGCAGAGCGUGGUGGCCACGGCCCACGAGAAGAUAGUGCAAGCUCUAUCCAACUCUGUUGGGGAGAUCCACAUGAAGACCAUGCCUGCUGCCAUGUUCAGGCUCCUCACGGGCCAGGAGACCCCGCUGUACAUCUAGGCCGCAGGAGCGGGAGGCUGGACCCAGGACCUGACCCUUGUCCACACAGCCCACCAAGGACACUGGCUCCCCUGAAGGGCGUGCCCUCACCACCUACCUUUUUUUGGACAAAAAGGGGUAUGUCUUUAUCAAAGGAGAGUCACAGGAACCAGUCUUUGUAGAAUGGUCAAGUAUUUUGCCGCAUCCUGAAUUUUCUUGUUAUGACUGCCGAGCGUGUCUGUUUGCCCCUUUGUGGUGUGGCGUGUGUCUUUCUCCCUGAAGCCUUGGAGAGCGGACGUGGGUGCCUCCGGAGGUGGCUGUGAAGGGAGUCUCCCAGGACAGUGAGCUCCUGGGGGUGGCAGUGACGGCCCCGCUGGCUCCUUUGGCUGGGGGUCUGGGUUCCUUCGGGGGGAGGGCACCCUGACAGCCCCAAACAGGCUGACUCUGCCGCUGCUUCCUCGAGGGAGCUUGGACAGCCCAGCUCUCAGGAUGUGACUUGUAAUUGCAUUUGGGAACAUGUGAUUGUAUUUAACGAGAAAGGCAAUGUUCCUGAGUUAAAUAAAAGAUGAUGGCCACCACAUCGAAACUCCAUAUUUAUUUAGAGAAUACCACUGUUCUUUUAUUUUGACACGAUGUUCUUCAGACUUUAGGGUUUUCAGAUGACCGUCACCUGUCCUGAGUCUCUGGACUUCCCUGGGCUCCCUCCCUCCCUGUGGCUGCCUCUCCCCACAGGCCUCCCCACCCAGUGGGCCGCAUGCCUGCUCCUCCUCCCAGGGGCAAGGACAGCGGCGGGGCAUCGCCCUCUGUCUACACACAUGCAUCCACACACAAGCUCCCCCACAAAAGGAAAACAAAGCCCUCACCAGAAAACUCAACCUCUGCCAUCCCCGGGCAGCCAGCAGUGGGUGCGGGUCCCUGGGGAGCCGGCGCCACGGCCGCGAGCAGUAUUAGAGUGUGUGUAGAUGAAGUGAAACGUAGUCUAGUUCAGUCCUUAGCGAUCAAUGUUAACUGACGUCAUUUUGUCUGGAAGUCUCUUUUUUUGGCCCAGGCCUUGGAGAAUACACUGUGACUUAAGAAGCCUUACCAUGCAGUAACUAAAGCUUUAGGAUUACUGUAUUCAAGGAGUGCCCUGUGUGUUGCAUGCAGCCGACCUUAGGAAGACUCGCUAAUAUCACUAAUAA